AUGCUUCAACGUACCAAGUAUAACCGCUUCAGGAAUGAUUCGGUGACAUCAGUUGAUGAUCUUAUUCACAAUUUGUCCAUGAACAGCAAGGUCUCAGCAGUUGCUACGACUUCAACAGCACCUUCAUACCUGGUCUCACCAGAGGUUCUCCGCAAGGACCAAGAAGAUGGACCCACCACCCUAUGUACCCUCAUCCAUAAAGUGUCCCACUUGAAACUCUCUCACACGGGCAGCCUUUUGGGUAUCAAAAACCUCUCCUCUGCAGUAAAGGAGCUUGCUGUCUCCAAGUUGCAGGGAAGCUCGAGUGCUUCUAGCUCAGCAGCAGGGGCUUCAGACAACACAUGUAACCUUGUCUCUGCCACUUCGUGUUCUCAGCAGGACGUGAGCAAGAUGAGUAUGGGGAAAAAACCACGGUCAGAGGAAAUGCACCCCGGAGGUGAAGACUGGAAUCAAAGUAGCAGCUUUGUCAAUAAACCCUCUCGAGGAUGGCUGCACUCGAGUGAGAAGAUCCUGGGACCUGGUGUGACAUACAUUGUGAAGUACUUGGGGUGUAUAGAAGUCUUACGCUCAAUGAGAUCUCUUGACUUCAAUACUAGAACACAGAUUGCAAGGGAAGCAAUCAGUCGUGUUUGUGAAGCCGUGCCUGGUGCCAAAGGAGCCUUUAAGAAACGAAAGCCACCAAGCAAAGUUCUUUCUAGCAUCUUGGGAAAGAGCAAUCUUCAGUUUGCAGGAAUGAGCAUAAUGCUGAAUAUCUCCACCACCAGCUUAAACCUAAUGACUCCUGAUACAAAACAGAUCAUAGCAAAUCACCAUAUGCAAUCUAUUUCCUUUGCAUCUGGAGGUGAUCCGGAUACAACUGACUAUGUUGCAUAUGUAGCUAAGGAUCCUGUUAAUCGGAGAGCUUGUCAUAUACUGGAAUGCUGUGAUGGCCUGGCCCAGGAUGUCAUCAGCACCAUAGGGCAAGCGUUUGAGCUUCGAUUUAAGCAAUACUUGCAGUGCCCCUCUAAGAUACCUACCUUCCAUGAUAGGAUGCAGAGUUUUGAUGAGCCAUGGAUGGAAGAAGAUAACGAGGCAACAGAACAUCCCUAUUACAACAACAUCCCAAAUAAAAUGCCCCCCCCUGGCGGCUUCAUUGAUGCCAGGCUCAAAGCAAGACUUCCCACUGCUGCAGAUACAGCUCAGUCUGCAGCAGGAGUGGGAGGAGAGCAAACCUAUUACCAGAGUCGUCACUUAGGAGACAAAUUCAGUGAAGACUGGCAUCAUGGGCCUGUUAAGCAAGGAUCUCUGGAUAUUUGUAGUAUGCCGGAAGGGAAAUCACAAGUAACCCCAACAGCAGAGAUACCAACAUACGUAAACACCCAGCAUAUAAAUACAGAAGCUCUAUUGGCACUUCAGGCAGAUGCUGAAAGUACCUUCAGUGGAACAACAGAUGAUACCAAAGAGAGCAGCCCAGGAAAAGAUCUGUUUGACAUGAAACCAUUUGAAGAUGCCCUCAAGAACCAAACAGCUGAGGCUGCGUUGAGUAAAUCCACCUCCACUGGAUGCACCAGUCCUCUUUUAUCCAGAGCAGCUGACUGGACUGUAGCCGAAGAGUUGAGUAUAGAGCCGUGGUAUCAAGGAGAGAUGAGCAGGAAAGAAGCAGAACAGCUGUUAAAGAAAUGUGGAGACUUCCUUGUGAGGAAGAGUACCACGAAUCCUGGCUCCUAUGUGCUAACAGGCAUGCACAAUGGACAAGCCAAGCAUCUUCUUUUGGUGGACCCAGAAGGAACUGUUCGUACAAAAGAUCGUGUCUUUGACAGCAUAAGUCAUCUCAUCAAUCAUCAUCUCGAGAAUAAUCUGCCAAUAGUUUCUUCUGGGAGUGAACUCUGCCUGCAGCAGCCUGCUGAGAGGAAACACUGA